AUGAACCCGCGAUCCCUGCUGCUCGUAAUCGCGCUCUGCUGGCCGCUGGAGUCCCUGGGUGCCCCGCCGGUGACGCGGCAGCAGGAGUCCCUGUGGGCGAGCCUGCAGCGGUACUCGCCCAUCGCCCUGGCGCUGUCGCUCAUGGCACUGCCUCUGCUGCCGCUCGUGCUCACCGGACCGGCUAGCCUCGCCGGCACGGGACAAGCCAUAAACAACCUCGCCCUUAACCCAGGUCUGCUGGUGAAGCGUUCGACCGAGAGGCCCAGCCUGCUCAGCAGCGCUCCGACGUUGCUGGACCUGAUGUCGCGCGUCGACGAGGUCCUCGAGAAGUACGACGUCACCGAGCCGGACUGCCGACUGCGGCUCGCCUGUGAGCUGCACAGGGACAGCCUCAGCCCCCAGGCGGCUUCGGUCGCCGACAGACUCGUCCGACUCUUCGGGGUGGAGCAGCGAAUCGAGAGGUCUGCAUUCGGACCUGGGACCAAGACGAUGGUGCGAGAUCUACUGAAAGCAGCGAGGCACGGACUGGGUCGACGGGACUGUUCCCAGAUCUACACAAGAUGUCCGUUCGCGCCUCGAGAGGUCCUCAAGGUCCGAUUACACUGA